AUGGCGGUCAAUCGAAUUCGCGGCGCUUUCGCCGUCCCUAGGAAGGGCGAGACGUUUGAGUUGCGUGCAGGGCUUGUCUCUCAGUAUGCAUACGAGCGAAAGGAGUCCAUCCAGAAGACGAUUAUGGCGAUGACGCUGGGCAAGGAUGUAUCGGCUUUGUUCCCCGACGUUCUCAAGAACAUUGCGACGGCCGACCUGGAUCAAAAGAAGCUCGUUUAUCUGUACCUGAUGAACUAUGCCAAGUCGCAUCCAGAUCUCUGCAUUCUAGCCGUCAACACAUUCGUCCAAGAUUCCGAAGAUCCUAAUCCUCUCAUCCGUGCGCUAGCGAUCCGAACGAUGGGCUGCAUCAGAGUCGACAAAAUGGUGGAUUACAUGGAAGAGCCGUUACGGAAGACACUACGGGACGAGUCACCAUACGUUCGCAAGACAGCCGCCAUCUGCGUCGCCAAACUCUUCGAUCUCAAUCCUACAAUGUGUAUAGAGAACGGCUUUCUGGAAUCUCUGCAAGAGCUCAUCGGUGAUCCGAAUCCUAUGGUGGUCGCGAACUCAGUCCAGGCGCUGUCAGAAAUCACCGAGACUGCACCAGAGACGAGAGCGCUUGUGGUAACCCCGGCGACGCUGAAGAAGCUGCUGAUGGCCCUGAACGAGUGCACGGAAUGGGGACGCGUUACCAUCUUGACCACACUGGCCGACUACCCGGCAGCAGAUGCUAAGGAAGCCGAACACAUCUGCGAGAGGGUCGCGCCUCAGUUCCAGCACGUCAACCCUAGUGUGGUUUUGGCAGCUGUUAAGGUCGUCUUCAUCCACAUGAAGGCCGUUAGCCCGGAGUUGGUACGGUCGUACCUCAAGAAGAUGGCCCCACCCCUGGUGACUCUCGUGGCUUCUGCCCCCGAGGUUCAAUACGUUGCUCUCCGCAACAUUGACCUACUACUCCAAGCCAAGCCCGAUAUUCUCAGCAAGGAGCUGCGCGUGUUCUUCUGCAAGUAUAACGACCCUCCUUACGUCAAGCUCCAAAAGCUCGAGAUCAUGGUGCGGAUAGCGAACGAGAAGAAUUGUGACCAGCUUCUUGCGGAAUUGAAGGAAUACGCUCUUGAAGUCGAUAUGGACUUCGUCAAGCGCGCAGUCAAGGCGAUUGGCCAGGUCGCGAUCAAGAUUGAAAGCGCUAGCCAGAAGUGUGUCAAUGCGCUGCUGGAUUUGAUCGCUACCAAGGUCAACUAUGUUGUUCAGGAGGUCGUCGUUGUGAUCAAGGAUAUCCUCCGAAAGUACCCCGGCUACGAAGGUGUCAUCCCGACGCUUUGCAAAUACAUUGAUGAGCUGGACGAGCCAACCGCUAGGGGAUCACUCAUCUGGAUCGUGGGAGAGUAUGCCGAGAAGAUCAACAACGCAGACGAUAUUUUGGCCAGUUUCGUGGAGGGCUUCAUGGAAGAGUUCACACAGACACAACUUCAAAUUCUUACUGCAGUUGUGAAACUCUUCCUCAAGAAGCCCGGCAACACACAAAGCUUGGUCCAGAAGGUCCUCCAACAGGCCACGACAGACAACGACAAUCCAGAUAUCAGAGACAGAGCCUACGUCUACUGGCGUCUUCUGUCCGGCGAUUUGGACGUCGCUAAAAAUAUCGUGCUCUCGCAGAAGCCCGCCAUUACCACAACCAUGACCAGCCUGCCCCCGGCUCUCCUGGAGCAGCUGCUUGCCGAGCUUUCCACUCUUGCCUCGGUGUACCACAAGCCGCCAGAAUCUUUCGUUGGCAAAGGCCGCUACGGCGCAGACGAGAUCCAGCGUGCAGCCAUUCGGGAGCAACGACAAGAAGCGGCUGAAAACCCUAUCGCAGCGUCGGUGGCGGCCGCUGCCAAUGGCACUACCUCAUCACAAAACAACAUCGAAAACCUGCUCGACAUCGACUUUGAUGGCGCCGCUCCUGCGUCGGCCGAGCAACAGAGCAAUGUCAACACCCCGGACAGGGUGUCUAGCCCCUCGGGAGGUGCCCCUUCAAGUGCCAUGGCGGAUAUGAUGGGUCUCUUCGACGCUCCUCCCCCACAGCAACAACAGCAGCCGGCGGCGAAUCCAAUGAGCCCCGGCGCAGGCGGCAGCGGCAUGGAUGACAUGAUGAACGGUUUCUCUGGGCUCGACUUUGGAAACACCGGAUCGGGUCAGCCCCUGCCGGCGGGCAUGCAAUUGCACCCAACCCAACAGACGCAGCAGCCUGGCGAAGGAAACGGGAAGAAAACAAACGAGGACUUGUUGGGGCUCUUCUAG